AUUGGCGCUCAUUGGACUCUCUCCCCGUGGAAGUCCUUCCGGGAGGCGGAGCUUCGCACUCGCCGGUGUCAUGCUGCUUCACUUCUUCCACGGAGCCCUCCGCCAAUCCUCGCUGAGGUUCCUCCUUGUCUCCAGAGCUCCGCCCUCUCCACUGUCUCCGCCCCUUCAGUUCUACGUCCGCCUCCGCAAUGCGGCCCGUGGCUCCACCCUCUCCUCUGCCAGGAAGCCCCUCUGUAAGGGGCGGGUUUUGGCGAUGUUGCUGGGACCAGCAGUGGCCUGUGUUGGGGGGCGGGGCGUCCUCUGCCAGCUGGAGGUGACCAAUCACACGCCAGCCGUCCUGGAAGUCCCCCGACCUGAACCGGAAUUCAACUGGAGCGAGUUCUGGAGAUUGCUCCGCCCACAAAUGCUGGCCCUCCUAUCCGCUGUCAUUUUGGCUUUCGCUGCGGCUCUGCUGAACAUUCAGAUCCCGCUCAUCCUCGGGGAGUUGGUGAACGUCGUGUCCCGCUACACCCGUGAGCAUGCUGGGAACUACCUGCAGGAGGUGCGGGGCCCCGCCCUCAAACUACUGGCCCUGUACGCCGCUCAGGGCACUCUCACCAGCGGGUACAUCGUUCUUCUGUCGCGGGUCGGGGAGCGAGUGGCCGGCGGGAUGAGGAAAGCCUUGUUUACGUCUCUGCUGAGGCAGGACAUGGCGUUCUUCGAUACGCAGAAGACGGGGCUCUUGGUGAACCGACUCACCUCCGACGUCCAGGAGUUCAAGUCCUCCUUCAAGCAGGUGAUCUCUCAGGGUCUCAGGAACAGCACUCAGACUUUGGGCUGCUUUGUGUCCCUCUAUUACAUCUCCCCCAAGCUGACCGGCCUGCUGGUGGUAGUGAUGCCUGUGUUGGUGGGGGCCGGGGCCCUGAUUGGCUCCUUCCUGCGCAGAUUGUCCCGCCGUGCCCAGGAGCAGAUUGCCAAAGCCACUGGAGUUGCUGACGAGGCGCUGGGGAACGUGCGGACGGUCAGAGCGUUCGCCAUGGAAGACAGAGAGGUGGAGUUGUACUCCAUGGAAGUGGAUCGAUCGGCUCAGAUGAAUGAGGUUCUGGGGAUCGGGAUCGCAUUUUUCCAGGGACUCUCCAACGUCGCCCUGAACUGUAUUGUCCUGGGAACCAUCUUUGCCGGCGGGUCUCUGAUGGCCGGGAACGAGCUCUCAGCCGGGGAUCUCAUGUCCUUCCUGGUGGCGUCUCAGACUGUGCAGAGGUCCAUGGCCAACAUGUCGGUUCUGUUCGGCCAGGUGGUCCGCGGUCUCAGCGCUGGGGGGCGUGUCUUUGAGUUCAUGUGUCUGGAGCCGGAGAUCCCCCUUAGAGGAGGCUCAACACUACCGACCUUCAAAGGGGACAUACACUUCCGAGACAUCUACUUCAGUUACCCCACACGGCCCGGCCAGGAGGUCCUUCAUGGAUUUAACCUUCACAUCCCCUCCGGGAAGACGGUGGCCAUCGUGGGACAGUCUGGGGGAGGGAAGUCCACCAUUGCGGCUCUGUUGGAGCGUUUCUAUGACCCCCUCCGGGGGGCGGUGGAGUUGGAUGGGGUGGACAUUCGCUCUCUGGACCCCUCAUGGCUCCGAGGAGAAGUCAUUGGAUUCAUCAAUCAGGAGCCGGUCCUGUUUGGCACCUCCGUCCUGGAGAACAUUCGCUUCGGGAGGCCGGACGCUUCCGAUGCCGACGUCUUCCAAGCUGCCAAGUUGGCAAACGCCGACGACUUCAUCCGGAGCUUUCCAGAUGGCUACGACACCGUGCUGGGUGAGCGUGGGGUGACCCUCUCCGGAGGUCAGAAGCAGAGGGUGGCCAUUGCCCGCGCCCUUCUCAAAGACCCGCGGGUGUUGAUUCUGGACGAAGCUACGAGCGCUCUGGACGCCGAGUCGGAGAGGACGGUACAGCUGGCUCUGGAGCGCGCCGCCUCGGGGCGCACCGUCUUGGUGAUCGCUCAUCGGCUGAGCACCGUCGCCGACGCCGAUAUCAUCGUGGUCCUGGCUAAAGGCCGCGUGGUGGAGAGCGGGACUCAUCGUGAACUGCUGCGGAGGGGCGGGAUUUACGCCGAGCUGAUCCGCAGACAGAGCCAGGAGGCCCAAUGACAUUCCAGAAUAAAGAAGAAGAUCCUCCUCCAGACCUCAAGAACCGGAAAUCCUCCUGGAUGAUGUCACCUCCCCCGGGUCCUCCUCACUGUGUGUGACCGAUGGUUCUACUCUCAGGACUUACCUACAGGAACUGUAUGGGGGGGCUCCCCCACUACUCCAAACUUACCUACAGGGACUGUAUGGGGGGGGCCCCCACUACUUCAAAUAUACCUACAAGGACUGUAUGGGGGUGCCCCCCCUGCCACUACUCCAAACUUACCUACAGGGACUGUAUGGGGGGGGCCCCCACUACUCCAAACUUACCUACGAGUACUGAUACCCCUCUCAUCCCACCCACCAGAAUAUUAAUACCCCUGGGACUAUUAUUUGGCAAAGAGAUAGUAAUGAGUUUAAAUAUAUAAUAAGAUUAGAAUAUCUUUAUUGGUACAAUUUCAUAAAAAACAAACAAAUAUAAUCCAUACAAGUUGCGGCUCCAACACGUCUGUAUCCAUUUCACACAGAUAGUAAAUGUCUGAAGAUGA